CACAAUUACACCACAUCUAUCUCAAACUGGUCUAAACAUUUGAAGCUCUCUCUUAUCCAAUUCCAGUAGCUACAUAAGUUAUAUAAAAAUGUUGCUGCGUAUAUUCUUUAUAUUGACUCUCUCCCACAUUGCUCUCUCACAGUCCAAUGUCACUUCUCUCCCAGGUUUUCAUGGUGAUCUUCCCUUUAAUCUUGAAACUGGUUACAUUGGUGUAGGAGAUUCAGAUGAAGUGCAGUUAUUCUAUUACUUCAUCGAGUCCGAAAGCAGCCCCAAAGAUGACCCUCUUCUGCUUUGGCUCACCGGUGGUCCUGGUUGCUCUGGUUUGUCUGCCAUUCUAUAUGAAAUUGGCCCUUUCACUUUUAACUAUGAAAAUUCCACUAGGGGAAAACCAACCUUGGAGUUGAAUCCAUACUCCUGGACAAAGGUUGCCAACAUAAUAUUCUUGGAUGCACCUGUUGGCACUGGAUUCUCCUACGGAGAAACUUGGGAAGCUUACAACACCAGUGAUUCGCUAUCAGCCGCACAGUCCUACAGUUUUCUGAGAAAGUGGCUUGUGAAUCACCCUCAGUUUCUCGACAAUCCACUAUACGUUAGUGGUGAUUCCUUUUCUGGGAUGAUAGUUCCGAUCAUUGUUCAAGAAAUAUAUGAUGGUAAUGAUGCUGGAAAUGAGCCACAGAUGAAUAUCAAGGGAUAUGUGCUUGGCAACCCACUAACAGAUUGGAAUAAAGACCUAAAUUUCAGAGUCCCAUAUGCUCAUAGAGUGUCACUUUUAUCAGAUGAACUUUAUGAGUCAGCGGAAUCAAGUUGUGGAGGCAAUUACAUGGAUGUCGAUCCUGACAAUUCAUCAUGUGUAAAUUUACUUAAAUUAGUAAACGAGUGCACUGAGGAAAUUUAUCUGCCACAUAUACUGGAACCUAAAUGUUCUUCAAUUUCACCAAAACCAAAUUUGUUAGAAUGGGACCGAAGGAUUCUUGAAGAAAAUCCAGAAAAUCUCCUCCGUACACUUCCUCUUCUUCCCGAACAAUGGUGUCAAAAUUAUAAUUACUUGUACUCCUACAUUUGGGCUAAUGAUAAAGAUGUCCAACAAGCUCUUAACGUUCGAGAGGGAACAAUAACGGAGUGGUUGAGAUGCAAUAAGAGCAUCUCUUACACUUACACAUACAACUACACUAGUGUUGUGGACUUCCAUCGAAACCUUACUAACAAAGCUUGUCGAGUUCUAAUUUACAGUGGCGAUCACGACAUGGUUAUUCCAUACAUUGGUACACUAGACUGGAUAGAGGCUCUGACAUUGACGGUUGAUACUGAUUGGAAACCAUGGUUUGUCGAAGGUCAAGUGGCAGGAUUUACAGAGAAGCUUACAAAUAUCAAGUACUGGUUGACAUAUACAACUAUAAAGGGAGGAGGUCACACAGCUCCAGAGUACAGGCCCAAACAGUGCCUUGCAAUGCUUAGUAGAUGGUUGGCUCAUUUCCCUCUCUAGGUGAUUUUUGUAGCUUUAAGUCCAUUUACAAUUCUAGGUGCAAUCCUUCUAUGUCUUUCUUGAUGUAAUAUGAGCUAUGUUUAAAAUAGAUAUGAGUAUAUGAUUUUGAAUAUAAAAGCCAAAUUAAUAAUAAUAAUAACAACAGUAAUGCCUUCACGAUGACUUCGAUCCACCCCUGUGUUCGAUCAGGACCAACUUGGGCAUGAUACCGUGGCCAACAACAUUUUGACACUAUUUUAUUAAAAAGAAAAAGUUAAAAAAUAAAUUAUUUCUCUCUCUAACAAAUCUCACCGCCUCUCCCCACCACCACCGCCGUCCGCCGCCACUCACCACCCUUUCUCAUUCUCUCGGUCUCUCUUUCUUUCCCCCUUCAGAAAACCCUAAAGCAAAAACAAUGUCAUCAUCAAUUUGACCGCAAUCCAUAUAAAGCAAAAAAAAAAAAAAAAAUCCACGACACAAAAUAAGAAUCUCCACUGAAACCAUCAAUUUCAUCAUCCCAGUUUGCUUAUUCUCUUCUUUACUACACAUAUUGCUCAAAGACAAUUACAAAGAUGAAAAAAAUGCAUGAAAGGACCAUUGACUUUACAGAUCAAAGCUUUAAUUGUGAGUACUUUCUGAAAUCUCUUCCACAAACACCAAUGUUUAUGCAAUGCCAACAACUCCAACUACAGCGACAGGAAGCUUGGAACAUCCGCAUUGAUUCGUCAAUGAGGUAUCUGUCUCCGUCAAUGCCAUCCCCUCUAUUUCGCAGUUUGUUGGAUUCAAUUUGAUGCCUAAGCUUUUCUUUCCGAAGAGGAAGUCAAUUUGUAAAAUCCCACUUCUUCUCUCCUAAUAGAACACCACUAUAAAUAAGUGAAACCUUCGAUUCUCUUCUAUCUAGGUCCACGGCAACUCCACCUGUUUCAGAAUUUCAUUCCAGAUCCGAGUUCAUGAAUCUGACACAUCGAUCUUUCUCAUAACCCUGUUCUUUGUUCAUAGAUCCCAUCUAUCCUGCGCCGGGCUAGGUAUAUCUGCACUAGCCUAUUCCAAUUUUGGCUAUUUUAAAAUGCGACUUAAAGUUUUUCCAGAGUCACACCAGUAAUUUCAAGGGUCAUGUCAGUAGUUUUUGCCACAUUGAUAGUUUUUGCUCUAAAAAAACAUACAUUUCAUCAGACUUUUUAAAUUUUUGCUCUAAAAAAAAAAUUAAAAAUUAAAAAUAUUAUUAUUAUUAUUAUUUAACUUUUCUUAAACAGCUAUAUUUCUAAUAGCUAUAUUUCUAAAAAUGCCACUUCAGUGGUUGAUGAAUGAUUUGAUAGAAAAUUUGUGGAACCGCCACGGUGAUGAAGUUAUUUAAUUUAUGUUACAUUUUGUUUGUUUUUAAGAUAUUAUGACAUUUCGUGUACUAGAAUUUUUAUUAUAUAAUGAUUUUUUUAGAUUAAAAAUAAUGAAUUGGAAUAAGAAAAUAAGGAUUACAAAAUCCUAUGGGGAUAAGUAGAUGAAUUUGUAAUUUUAAUUAUUUAUUUUUAAAAAAAAUUAUACCUUUUUGUAAAAAAAUUAUAGUCGUGCACUAUUUGUGUCAGCCAAACAAUGCCUUAACGGCCAAAUACAUUGUUUGUAUUACACAUUUAAAAUUUAAAGCAAACAAAUAAAAUAAAAAACAAAAUUUAAAGGGAAAAAAAAGGAUUUUUAAUUUAUUUUUGGACAAACAGUGCCUAAACAAUAUAUUUUUUAUUUAAUGACUUUUAUUUUGUGUAUAUAUAUAUAUAUAUAUUUUAAAAAAAGAGCUCAAAA